GCGGCAGCCGAUAAAAUGCUACCAGCUUAUUUUUAUUAGACCUUUUGCUUACACGCGGUUCCGUCGAGGUCUUCGGCAAGACGGUCACUAAUUGACUUUUUGCCUCGCAUUCGAAAACACGGUCUCAAGCAGUAGACGAUUCUAUUCUUAUUACGAGACAAACAUGUAACUUGGGAAAGUGAAUAAUUGGACACUAUUUAAUUUAAUUAGUAUUGGCAGUGAAGCGUGUAAAGUUUUAGGAGUUUGUAGUUUUCAUUAUUUAUUGUGUUUGUGUUUAUGUGACUAUGCUUAAUUUAUUUUAUUUAUUUAUUUACGUUAUUUAAUUAGUUUUAACACCCUAAAAUGUUCAUGGGAAUCUCAAGCAAGUUUUCUAUGAUAAUGGCUACUAGCUUGGCAGUAUUGGGCAUUGUCAAUGCCUUGACAAUUGACAAUCAAUUAAACGUUGUCAGAAAUGAUUGUUAUGAGAGAAUUGCGAUUGGACAAAGACUUAAUAAAGAUAUGGUAUACAAAAACUUUACUAGCGUAAAUACUGUACUGGCUUGCCAACUGAAAUGUACUGAAGAAAGGGACGUCUGUAAAUCUUUUAGUUUUGGAAUUGGACCUAAAGGAAACUCUACGUGUGAAAUAAGCACAGACGUGAUCAAAGAGACAGUUGAUUUUAAACCUAUAGGAACUGUGGCAGAUGUGGAUUUUGACUUGUACAUUAAAAAACUAGGUUGUAAAGUUGUCUUAGAUACAUCACCGCAUUUUAUAGGAUCUAAACCUCAUUUACCACCUGAGGAAGACCAUCAAGAUCAUCACCAACAUCAUCAUGAAUCACCAAAUUCCAUCCCACAGAAACCUGAUAAACCUAGUGGUUAUGAAAAACCUGAUGAUUUGGUUAGUGAGUCGAAUAAUUAUUACAACAGACCUGCUAGUAGACCUUCGGAUGGUUAUGGCGAUCGGCCGUCGAGUGGUUAUAAGUACGAUAAACCAAAUAGUAACCAACCUUCUUACAAUGUUCCUAGCAAACCAACUUAUGGUGAUCAAUCUGAAAAAGUACAAACCCUAGUAAGCAUUGCUAGUGGACCCAAUACUCACUACGAUGCACAACAUGGUAUAAUUGUUGGUGGAGACAUAUACGAUUCUCAAAAUAAACCAGCACAUCAUCAAGACAGUUAUAUUGGAAAUAUGCCACCUUUCAGACCAUCAUCGCUGAAUCACCCUUAUGAUACUGAUAGAUAUGAUAAUAAACCUACAAGUAUUUUAUUAAUAGGAAGUUAUGAUAGACCAAACCGCUAUGGCGAACCCUAUAGACCCUCUAGUGGUUAUGAUCACGACGAAAGACCAUCAAGACCAUACGAUGAUCGCCCUAUAAGACCAAAUAAUAAUUAUUUAGAUCGUCCUUAUGACGACCGAUAUGAUAGACCUAUAAGACCUGAAAGACCACAAAGACCACACAAUGAAAAACCCCCUUUAGAUGGUUACGAUGACAGACCAAGACCACCAAGGCCAAAUUUAGACUAUGAUAACAAACCAAGACCAAUAUCUGAGUAUGAAAAACCAACAAGACCAUAUGAUGACAAACCUAGACCUUCUUCAAAUGGUUAUGAUAGUAGACCACCAAGACCAAAUUUAGACUACGAUAACAAGCCAAGACCAAUACAAGAAAGACCAAGUGGUAGUUAUGAUUUAGUUCACGAAAGACCAGAAAGGCCACCAAGUGGGGGUUAUGAUACAAGGCCACCAAGACCAAGUUUAGACUAUAACAAACCAAGACCGCCUUCAGAUGGUUAUGAUAGUAGACCACCAAGACCAAAUUUAGACUACGAUAACAAACCAAGACCAAUACCAGAACGACCAAGUGGUGGUUAUGAUUUAGUCCACGAAAGACCAAAAAGGCCUCUAAGUGAAGGAUAUGAUACAAGACCUUCGAGGCCAGAAAGGCUACCAAGUGGGGGUUAUGAUACAAGACCACCAAGCCCAGAAAGACCAAGUGGGGGUUACUACUCCAGACCACCACCUGACUACGAAAGACCAGACAGACCACCACCAAGUGGUGGUUAUGAUUCGAGGCCUCCAAGACCAAAUUUGGAUCCGUAUGAUGAUAAACCACGUCCUGUUUACAACGAAAGACCUCUACCGGAUAGAUAUGGUGAAAGACCACAUAGUAGUUCCUAUGGUGAUAGACCAAUAAGACCACAGGGUGGUUAUGAUAGACAUGAUAUUGAUCGAUAUGAUGAUAGAAGACCAUUUGAUAGGUAUGAAGAUAGACCUUAUCGUCCCUUUAGACCAGAGCCAGAUUACUUUCAUAUUUCGCUGCCAUACGAUCCUCAUCCCAUAAAACCAUUACCUGAUCGUUAUGGUUCCCUUAUAACUCACCCAGAUAAUUACAAUAGACGACAAGACCACGAUUACAUGUUCAAACCAGAUCCUUAUGAACCAAGACCUGCACCGGCUCCUAAACCAACAUCAGAAAAAGAAAAGCCAGGUUACGAUAAAAAAUCUACCAGUACAAUUAAGGAAAAUUAUGAAAAUAAAACGAGUGUUAUUAGUAAACCUUUUAAUGGGUCGCAUGGUGUUUUAGAUAAGGGAUAUAAUGGAAAAGUACCUUCUGAAAGCAAGGGAAAUUCAGAAUAUGGGCUAAAUGGUAACUCGAUAGUGACGCAGAGUGUUGGGUAUAAUGGAGAAUCGAUUACUUCGAUAAUUACAGAGAUUAAAGAUGCCUGUUUCCGAAGAGUUUUGGCGGGCAAACGCGUGGCCCGUGGCUUCGUGAAAAGAGCCUUGAGUUGCGAAUCCGUCGAAGAGUGUCAGAGAGAAUGUGGAGACGAAAAACGUUUUAUCUGCGAGGGCUUCAAUUACAGAUUGGAUCCCAGAGGUCGCGGAAAAGGCGACUGCGAGCUCCUAGACCUGCCGAUAUCUAGGCUAGACAUAGGAAGAGACAUUUAUCCAGACGCGGAUUAUGAUUACUACGAAAAAGAUCGAAAUGCUGCCCUUACGAACUGCCACCGCUACCGACCUGGAAGUGGAUACAACUCUUAUGGUGGAGAAGGUUACAAAGGGGGAUCGUACGGUUCCUACAAUGGUGGAAGUUAUUACUCUGGAGGAAGUAAUUCUUACUCUGGGGGUAGUGAUUAUUACUCUGGAGGUAGCAAUUAUAACGCUGAUAGAAGAUACGAUACUGAUAGAAGAGAGUAUGGUUUAAGAAGACCUAGUGGUGAUCGAUGGGGAGAUGAUUAUAAGUAUGGUUAUAGAAGACCUAGACCGGAAAUAGACAGAAGAUACGAUGACGACCGUCGUGAUAGACCUUUUGAUACCAGACGUGGAGACUACUCAUAUCACCAAUCACAUAACUACGAAAACAGUCAUAGUUAUCAUUACACUUACAACGAUAGAAAUAGUUAUAAGGAUAAUCAUCAUUACACGGGCAUUACUUACUUGCCCGCCACUCAUUACCAUAGACCGCACUAUGAUGCAUAUAAACCAUACAUACCAUCGACUGAUAGGUUUGACAGGCCUCAGAACCAUGUUAAAUAUGGCGGCGAUAAAUAUUUCCAAGAUAGAUACGAUAAAGACAUGUGGGAGAUGAACAACCGCAAAUGGGGAUCGUAUGGUGGUUACUAUGGCAAUUUUGGCGAGACCAAUAGGUUCCACAACAAAAAUAGAUAUGAUAUCGAACAUAAGAACUACUAUUUGCCUCCUAAACCUGAUAGCAAUAAAGAUUGGGGACAAUAUGGAGGCACGUAUGGCAAUAAUGGCGGCUAUCUGCAGUAUAAUGGUUAUGGCAAUGGACAAAGGUUUAGUUACUGGGGAUUUAACAAGUUCGGGGAUAAAUAUGACCACCAUAAAAAUCCCAUUUAUAUUGAUGGUCCUCCUAAAGGUGGCAGCUAUAUUCCAAAACCACCAAAACCUAUAGAUUACUUACCGGAAUCCAACAGAAUACCGUAUUUACCACAUAAGCCAGUUUAUGGACAUUCUGGACAUAGUAUUGAUAGCUUAGAUAACUCUAUUUUGCCUGCAGAGCCAAGGGCUCCAAGCUACGAUUUCUUAAGGGAUGAAUGUUCACUACGGACAGCCACAGGUUUUCGUUUGCAUAAAGGAGUAGUAAAAAAGUUUUUUUUGGUAGCAAAUAUUUACGAAUGCGAAAAGUUAUGUUUUAUAGAACCUGAUUUUGUAUGUGCCUCUUAUGCCUACAGAUAUACCACGACAUUAAAUGCAGCCACAGAUAAUUGUUAUAUUAGCCCUAGAAAUUAUAAGGAACUAGAUUACUACGUAGACCUAGAGCCUGAUAGAGAUUUCGAUAUUUAUACCAUGAAUAAUGUUAAUAGAUGUCUACAACCUGUGAAAAAGGAAAAAGAUGAAAGCGAAUGUUUCUGGAGAGUAAGAAGUGGUCAAAGAUUAGAUCACAAAGUCGUUAGGGACUCACUGACUGUAAAAUCCAUUAUCGACUGUCAAUUGGAAUGCCUGAAUAGUAGAAGAUUUACAUGUAGAGCUUACAGCUUCAGAUAUGGAUCACCAACUAUAGGAGGUUCAGUUGAAAACUGCUUGCUUACAGAUUGGCCUUUCUAUGAACUAGACCCACGAUUACAUUUUAUCCCAGAAUAUGGUUUUGAGGUUUACGAAAGAGGAAGCUAUGGUCAUGGUUGUGAACCAGAUCAUUUUGGUAUAAGAGGAAGACAUAAUAAGGAUCACUCUGAAGAAGCUAAUCAACUUUGUUACGUUGGUUAUGGGUCCCCAGCCAGACUUCUAAGACAUUCUACAAGAAAAUCUGUAAGGGUACAUACUGAGCACGAUUGCAAAGCUGAAUGCUCCAGAGCUAGAGAAAACACUUUGUUUCAGUGCAUGUCAUUUAGUUUUAAGUCGACAAACGUGGGUACAGGUCCAAACUGCGAACUUUCAGAUAUUGGUCAAAGAGAUUUGCUGCCAAACAUUGACUACGUUCCAGAUCCAGACUCAUGGCUUUUUGCUUGGGAUAACUUUAAUCCUACUUGUCAUGACCAUGCAAUCAAACCUCUCCAUGAAAAUCACGUGGAUGACCGUAGAAUCGAAAUAUAUAAGGAGGUUUACAAUAGUUUGGACACCUGGAGGGUGUAUAGUGUCAGUGGAUGGCCUUGCAAAAGAGGUACGAAAUGUAAGGAAAAUCGUGAAGCAGGAUUUUGGUACUGCGAGAUCGAAGGCGGUGAGAGAAAUGCUUGGGAUUAUUGUUGCCAUCCUGAUCAUCAAUGUGGAAAUUCCAAAGGAUGUCCAUAUCAAUGGUGUUACGUAGGACCGUCUAGGACCCAAUGGAGAAAAUGUAGCGAUAGAUACUACCCUUACAUUGAAAGCUACAUAGAUAGGAUAGAUCCCCUCCCUCCAAAACCAUAUUUACCUUAUGGACCUCCUCAUUAUAAUGACCCAUGGAUUCCUCAUGGGCCUCAACAUCUCCCAGACUACCCUCCACCACAAUACCGACCAGGCAUACGUCCAAAUAGACCUUCAGAUCUGCACUCCAUACCUCCACCUCUAACAAACCUCGAAGAUUAUGAACAUCAAUUCGACAAUGAGUUCCUAAAACCACCAAAACCUGGUGGUUUUGGCCAACCACGUCACUGGCCAGUGAUGUAUCUUCAUAAAGAAAUGCCACCAAAUAACACAGACACACCGCCACCACAGAAAAUGGAAAUGAGAAUGGACACAACGAACCAGACUAACCCCAAAUACGCUGCCAUUCAAAAUUUGAUCAAUGUCAUUAGAUCAAACGAUCUUAAAAACGUUCAAUACCAUAUAAGCAACGAAUCCAACAAACAAGAUGACAUUUUGUUUGUUAAAAUACCACUGCCGACUAACUUUACCAAAGAAACCUCAAACACAAAGAACGUUCUAUCAAGCACUACCACAGUGAACCUGGAACCAGCAAAUGUCCCUGAUAGAACUGCUUACAGUAGAAGUAAUAGGAGAUCUCAGAUACCCGUACAAGUAGAAUCAAGUAGUAUAAGACCAGAAAAUAUCAAGUGGCAACGCCCAAGCUUUAAAAGAGGCAUUAUUGAAAGAGCUAAUAUAACAAAUUAUAGAAGAGAUGCGAGAACAAGUCGAUUUAAUUAG